UGUUCUAGAUUAUAAUAAAAUGUUAAAGGAAAAGAACUGUAACUACCUCUAGAAGCUCCCUGAGAGUUGAAUUGUUAGUUUCCUGAAAGUUUGAAACGUCAAAAUGUGGAAUGCCAGUGGGAAACGUUGAUGAAGGUUCUGUUAAGGUUUUUAAAACACAUCUAGUUUAUGAUGAGUUCAACUACUCCAGAAGCAUGUUAUUUAGCGUUGUUAGCUUUAGCAGAGGAGUUUCGUACUAUGAAUCCUCCGAACAUUCGCAACUGCAUUCAAUGCUUAGUUGCAAUUUUUAAUUUAAAGCAACCUCCUAAGAUUGAAGCAAGAACACAUUUACAACUUGGAAAUAUUUUACUACAGCAUACUAAAAAUACAGAUCUUGCACAGUCACAUCUUGAAAAAGCGUGGUACUUAUCCCAAAAUAUAAGCAGCUUUGAUGAUGUCAAAUUUGAAGCAGCCAGUGUUUUGGCAGACUUGUAUGAAAAAAAGAAUCAGAUGGGUAUGGCAAAAUCUAUCUUGGGCAAAGCAGUAGAAAUUUCUCAGCAAUCAGCAUUUUGGCAUUGUAGACUUUUAUUUCAACUUGCACAUUUUCAUGCAAGUGAAAAAGAGUACAUAGCUGCUUGCAAUGUCUUAGGAGUGGGAGCUGAUUUUGCCCAUAUCUCUGGUGCACAGUAUACACGGAUACUUUUCCUUUUAAGUAAAGGAAUGCUUUUGAUGAUUGACCGCAAACUCCAAGAAGUCCACCAGGUGCUCACUUUAGCUGGGCAGUUAGUGGAAGCUUGGCAAGGCAGUACUGCUCAAAAAGAAGCUUUAAAAGUGUUUUUUCUUGUUCUACAAGUGUGUCAUUAUUUGACUGCUGGACAGGUCAAAAGUGUUAAACCAUGUUUAAAGCAGUUACAGCAAGGCAUUCAGACUAUCACUUCUCUGCAUGCAGAUGAAGAAGUGAUUCCUACAAAUCCUGGAGAUAUGUUCCAAUGGAUGCCAAAGGAACAUAUGUGUGUCUUAGUUUAUUUGGUAACAGUACUUCAUUCCAUGCAAGCUGGAUAUAUGGAUAAAGCUCAGAAGUAUACUGAUAAAGCUUUAAUGCAGAUAGAAAAGCUAAAAAUGAUUGACAGUCAUCCUAUCUUACACUCCUUUCAAUUGCUACUUCUUGAACAUAUAGCAAUGUGUCGGCUUGUGAUGGGAAAUAAAACAUUGGCAAUACAAGAGGCUUCUCAUGCUCUGCAGAUUUGCAAACAAGAACCAAGAUUGUUUGUUCGGCAUAGACCUCAAAUCAAUGCUUUGUUGGGAUUAUAUGCCAUGUCAAUGAAUUGUAUGGAAGCAGCAGAAGCUCAGUUUGGAACAGUUGUUAGAAGUAACGCUACUAGCGAACUGCGUAUUUUAGCAAGUUUAAAUUUGGCAAUAGUGUAUCUGCGAAGCAAAAGAGACCAUGAAUUAACAGAACUUUUAGCUCGUUUGAAUCCAGAUACACUUCCUUUAGUGUCUCAUAGCUUGAGAGCAGCAGCUUACUAUGUUCAUGGACUGAAUGCUUUUUUUAAUGCUCGUUACAAUGAUGCUAAACGAUUCUUAAGAGAAACACUUAAGAUGGCAAAUGCUGAAGAUUUGAAUAGAUUAACUUCUUGCUCUUUAGUUCUUUUGGGACACAUAUUUUUUUCCCUUGGGAACAGCAGGGAAAGUAUGAAUAUGGUAACUCCAGCUAUGCAGUUAGCCAGCAAAAUACCAGACGUACAUGUACAGCUGUGGGCUUCAGCUUUAUUAAAAGAUCUGUAUCGUCUUUGUGGAGAUCCAUUAAGAGAACAAGAAGCCAUCCAGACUCAUAGUAAUUUUUCACAACUUUUGCUGAAAGAUCAUUUUCAGGCUUCUCAACUUCCAGAACAUAAUUUAAUACAGUGGAUUGAAGGUGAUCCUCCUCAUUUACCAGUGCAACCUCAAACACCUGCAACAUCGCUUUUGUGAGGCAUUAUGUGUUAUGUUUCAUUAAAUGUGCCUUCUUAUCAAAUCGUCUUCAGUUGUGAAGCCUGUUAUCAUAUCAUGGAGGACAUUUUGCUUUUAGUGCAUCCAUACUAUUUAUCUUCAUUGUGUUUGUAUGAAAAAAUUCUCAUCAAUCUGGUAUUCAAAGUAUAUCCCUUCCAGAUCUAUAUGAAGAGAAAUUUGUGUUUUUUUCUUCUUCCCUCAAAACUCUUUUGCAGUAAACAAAUACUGCAUGUAAAUUCUCAAAAAUUUGAUAGUAAAGGGGAAUUCCUCUUUAAAGUAGUUGUUGAUUUUAAAAAAAAAUUAAAUAUUUACUUUUAUUUUAUAUUAUUUAUGAAAUGUCUUGAUUUCAUAUAAUUUAUGAAAUCCAAUCCAUUAUAUUUUUAAACUGCUUCUUUUUUAUUCUUGACAAGCUGUUGUAGUCAGUAUGAUUGAACGAAGUCUCUCGACUACAUAUUGAGUGUGAAAUACAAAUUAUUCAUAUUAGAUCGUUAAUGUAAUUAUUUAAAAUACAAUUUUUGAUAUUGAUGUGAGAGUUUUUUUUUUUACUUUGUCUCUGAUUGGCCUUUUGUAUCUGUGUAAGUAAAUGUUUGUGUUUGCAUAGAUUUAUUUCUGCUUCAUUUGCUAUUUCAGCUGUAAAAAUAAUAGCUAUUUUAUCUUAAAGUUAUUGUAUGAAAUGUUUAAAUAUGAGAAAGAAUUCAAAAUUACUUUAAAAAAAUUACUUUCGGAUUAGCACACAAAUCUCUGCAAGAAAUACAUCAUUGUAUUAAAUUAUGUAUAUACGAGGGAUGUUUUUUAAGUAAGGGCUGUUUGAAAAUAAAAACCAAACAAAAGAAAAAAUUUUUAAAUCCAAAUUUAUUUUCAGAUUCUACAUACAUUUCUCUAUUUUUCAUCAUAGUUGCCAAGUUGUUUAAACACUUAUCAUACCUUACACUUUGUUUUUUAAUAAGUAUUAAUGUAGAUGUCUAUGAAAUUCCUUUUGUUAAAUAUGAAUUCUUUUUAUUAUUAUUGUUGUUGUUUUUGCAUGUAAGCUGAACUAAACUGCUGUGAGGGACUGAAAUUUUAUUUAUUAAAAAGAAAGGGCUUAAGAAUAACUGAAAAUUCUGGGUUAUUUUGAGCUGUAGCAAAUUAUUUCUUUAUACUUUCAAAUAUUUUAAAUUACUUUUAUAUUAUGUUUAUAUUGUCAUUCUUUAAUAGGAUUUUAUACUUUGCCUUUCUACUUUAUGUUACACGUCAAACUGUAUAUUCUUUUGAAAUCUUUGUUUUGGAUCUUUGUUGGUUAAACAUAAUUAUAUAAGAUUUUGAACUUCAUGAGAAGUUUAUUCUUAUUAUCAUUUAGAUUCCUUCACCAUAUUAACAGCUAUGCAUGAGUUUUUAUUUAGAUUUUGUCAUAAUAUAUGGGAAGCUAGUACUUUUAAUAUAAUGUAGUUAUAAAAGAAAAAAAAAAAAGCAUAAUUUAAAAACUGUGUGUACUAAAUUAAGUUGGAUUCUAAAAAUAUUAUAUGCAGAGUACCAUAUAAAAUUUACAGUUAAGUAAGUAAUUUGGAUAAUCUAGAAUUUUGAGAAACAUAACACUAGGUAUAUCUACCCCACCCCUUCCUGAGAUCUUUUUUAUUCAGUUGUUUUCAGGGAAUAGAAAAAAAACACUCCUGCCUUAAAAUGAUUUUCCAGUGACAUUUUCAUAAAAUUUUCUGCAUUAUCGUAUGUAAUAAAUAUAAGUUUUAUUCAAAUCUGGUAUUUUAAAAUACAAUUCAUAUUGUAAAAGUCAAAACGUAACAUUUUCAUGCAAUCUCAUCUGUUAUCUAUUGUAUAUAGUGUAUUUCAGCAUUCCUUUAGUGCACUGUGUGAGUGUGUAAGUUUUUUUUUUUUUUUUAAACCAUUAAUGUUCGCUGUUAUCUUUUUAAUCUAACAUUUAUUUUAAAUUUAGAGCAUGAUAAAUUUUGUAAAUAGGGGCCAGUGCAAGCAAGUAAAUAUGAGCUAACGCUCCUUUGCAUUCUCGAGUUUUGCUCAUCUAAGUGAACUAAAAUUGUGGAAUGAUUAAAUGCUCGGUGAAUAAUUUUAACUCCCUAAAAAUAAUUUUAGCGCACAAAGGACUUGCUUGUACUAGCUUUGUGUAAAUACAGGAAUUAUUAUUUAUACUUGUUUGUGUUCAAAAAUAUUUUGAAAUGUCAACACAUAAUUUGUUAUGUCAUAAGCAUUGAAAACUAGAAAUUCUUCUGAUAGUGCAACAAAAAUACUUUGUAUUUUGACUUAACUACCCUAAUCUUUAUAUUUGUUAAUUUAAAAAUGUGUUUUAAAUAAAUAUAUUAUGUACAGUAUAUUGAGUGGAAAUGCAAUGCAUAUGUACCGGAUGAUCAAAAAGUCAGUAUAAAUUUGAAAACUUAAUAAAACACGGAAUAAUGUAGAUAGAGAGGUAAAAAUGGACACACAUACUUAGAAUGACAUGGUUUUA